CUCUCUGCAAGAGUCUUCUCCUGGGAAAGUAGCAUACUCGUUGGGUUUGCGCUGUCUUUCCCUGGCUGCUCAGCUCUCGGGAGCAACUUCUUAUCAUGUCGAAAACACAGGCAUCAGCAGUGGACCCCACUAAGAUGGGUGUCGGAAGGGCGAUCGCGGUCCUGACUUCAGGAGGUGAUGCUCAAGGCAUGAAUGCUGCAGUGAGGGCCACAGUCAGAGUUGGUCUUUACACAGGAGCCAAAGUCUUCUUCGUUUGUGAGGGCUACCAGGGGCUGGUUGAUGGCGGUGAUAAUAUCCGCCAAGCUACAUGGGAGAGCGUGUCCAUGAUGCUCCAGCUGGGGGGCACAGUGAUCGGCAGUGCUCGCUGUAAAGAUUUCCAGACAAAGGAGGGCCGCAUAAAGGCAGCAUACAACCUGGUCAAAAGGGGCAUCACUAAUUUGUGUGUUAUUGGUGGAGAUGGGAGUUUGACUGGAGCCAAUCAGUUCCGUACAGAGUGGAGCGAUUUGUUGGGGAACCUGCUCAGUACAGGCAAGAUAACUAAAGACGAGGCCCAAUCAGCAUCACAUCUUAACAUCGUGGGCAUGGUUGGAUCCAUCGAUAAUGACUUCUGUGGCACAGACAUGACCAUCGGCACAGACUCCGCUCUUCAUCGCAUCAUGGAGGUGGUGGACAGCAUCACCACUACAGCACAGAGUCACCAGCGUGCGUUUAUUUUGGAGGUCAUGGGAAGGCAUUGUGGUUACCUUGCCCUGGUUACUGCACUGUCAUGUGGCGCUGACUGGGUGUUUAUUCCUGAGAUGCCACCAGAUGAUGGCUGGGAAGAACACUUGUGCAGGAGGCUGACUGAUACCAGGAACAGAGGAUCUCGUCUGAAUGUGAUCAUCGUGGCUGAGGGAGCCAUGGAUCGGGCUGGCAAGCCCAUUACUUGUGAACAGAUCAAAGAUUUUGUAUCCAAGAAGCUGGGCUAUGACACCCGUACCACUAUCCUAGGCCAUGUACAGCGAGGAGGCACACCUUCAGCCUUCGACAGGAUCCUGGGCAGCAGGAUGGGUGUGGAGGCUGUGAUGGCCCUGCUUGAGGCCACUCCUGACACACCAGCCUGUGUGGUCUCACUCUCAGGGAACCAAGCAGUCAGACUGCCCCUUAUGGAGUGUGUACAAGUGACCAAAGAUGUCACCAUUGCAAUGAAAGAGGGCAGAUAUGAUGAUGCUUUGAAACUCAGAGGAAGGAGCUUUGAGAAUAACUGGAACACAUACAAACUGCUGGCCCAUGUGCAUAUUCCUGAAGUCAAAAGUAACAUUAAUGUGGCCAUUCUGAAUGUGGGCGCACCAUGUGCAGGCAUGAACGCGGCUGUGAGAGCUGCAGUCAGGAUUGGCAUCCUGCAAGGCCACAGCAUGCUGGCAGUGCAUGAUGGUUUCGAGGGUUUGGCCGAAGGAAAGAUUGAGCCUAUAACUUGGAACAGUGUUGGCGGCUGGACAGGGAAAGGAGGCUCUGUUUUGGGAACUAAGAGAACACUUCCAGCAAAGCACAUCGAAGACAUAAGCCUGAACAUUGCCAAGUACAACAUUCACUCCCUGGUCAUUAUAGGAGGUUUUGAAGCGUUCUCAGGUGGUCUGGAACUUGUCCAAGCCAGAGAGAAGUACGAGGAGUUGUGUAUCCCCAUGGUUGUUAUUCCAGCUACCGUCUCAAACAAUGUUCCUGGAUCAGACUUCAGCAUCGGAACUGAUACUGCCCUGAACACAAUCACCACGACCUGUGACAGGAUCAAGCAGUCAGCCGCUGGCACUAAACGUCGUGUGUUCAUCAUUGAGACUAUGGGAGGUUACUGUGGCUACCUGGCCACCAUGUCAGGCCUGGCUGCUGGUGCUGAUGCUGCCUAUAUCUAUGAAGAGAAAUUCAGCAUUCGUGAUUUGGAGAAUAACGUACAGCAUCUUGUAGAGAAAAUGAAGACGACCGUUAAGAGAGGUCUGAUUCUCAGAAAUGAGAACUGUAACUCCAACUACACAACUGACUUCGUCUUUAACCUGUACUCGGAAGAAGGAAAGGGGGUUUUUGACUGUCGUAAGAAUGUCCUUGGACACAUGCAGCAGGGCGGUACUCCAACUCCGUUUGACAGAAACUUUGCCACUAAGAUGGGUGCUAAGGCAGUUCUCUGGCUUACUGAGAAGUUGAAAGACUGUUACAGACAUGGGCGUAUUUUUGCCAACACUCCAGACUCAGCGUGUGUGUUAGGCAUGAGAAAGAGAGGACUGAUGCUCCAGGCCAUGAGUGAGCUCAAGGAGCAGACUGAUUUUGAGCACCGUAUUCCAAAGGAUCAGUGGUGGCUGAAGUUGAGGCCCAUUCUGAAGAUCUUGGCCAAAUACAAGAUAAAUCUGGACACCUCAGAGCAUGCUCAUAUGGAGCAUGUUAUCAGCAAGAGAGCUCCAGUCUCAAUUUCUGGUAAAAUGUUUUAAGGACUGAGAAUGGAGAAGUUCAAAAUACAUUAUGUGGUUGCAUAGUGAAUCAUUAUGCUGGUUUACAAAUGAUUGAUAAUCCACAACUGACAACAUACUAUUCAUUACAUGUUUAUUACUGCUAUGUAAUAAAUGAAAUAUAAAUCAAUGUUUUACAGAGACUAUUGACUGAUAAUUCAGUCUGUUAAUCUUUACCCAUUUAUAUCUUCAUUAACCUUUUAACUUGUUCCGUGACAUUAUAAGAUCCAAUGGUGAGUGAAUAUAUAAGUUCAGUAAGUCAUUAGUAAAUACUUGAUAUCAUAUUUGAUACUAAUUAAUAAAUAAUGAACUAUUAUAUAAAUCAAUUAUGGAUAAUCAAUGAUUAACCAACAGCAUACAUUACUAAUAUGUAACACUUAAUGUAAAUUGUUAUCAGAAGGAUUAAUAUAAAAAUUAAACUUAUUUACUGUCUCAUCUGCUUGUAACCUUUAUAAUUAUGUUUGUCUUUACCUCUUGUUCAUCUUCCCAUCUUUGUUUUACGAAUUUUAUUCAUAGCACAUACAAUUUGUGAAACAUCAAUUAAAAGUAAACACCAAAAAACUCAA